CUCGAUGUUCACAUUGCCACCCCAGUCAAAAUUUUGCACACAUUUUUGCUAGGCAUAGUCAAGUACCUGUGGGACCGACCCACACAUCCCCUUGACACUGGAGGAGUAGCUCUGCUGGAGAUGAGACUGGCAUCUCUACAUGAAAGUGGAUGGAAUGUACCCAAAAUCAACACCACCUAUAUGAUUCAAUACUGCCAGCAACUCCUGGGGAAGCAUUUCAAGACAUUGGCCCAGUGCAUGCCAUUCAUCAUUGAGGACAUAGUCACCUGGCAGAUGCUUGAGGCUUGGGUU